AUGUCCUUCAAGCAGGCAUUCUCAUUUAUAAGCGCAAAGGAACUUGCCACUCUCUUGCGGAAUCCAGGUUUAUAUCCUUCUACUCCUCGGCUGGCUAGAGUUGACGGGUUACGGAAAGAGAACAAGAUCGCGGUCGUGGAUGUCCGGGAUGAUGACUACGAAGGAGGCCACAUCAAAGGCUGCAUCCAUUCGCCGUCGGCUGGGUUCUUAGACGGAGGGGUAGAGUCAGUAAGGGAGAAAACAAAGGAAACACCGGUCGUGGUGUUCCACUGUGCUCUUUCGCAGGUCCGAGGACCCAAGGCGGCGAGAAUCUACGCAGAGACAACCGACGAAGUCAGGAAGCGUGGAGGAGACGCUCCUAUUCCCCAGGAGGUCCUUGUACUCCGAGGUGGCUUUACCGAAUUCCAGGCAUUGUUCAGACACGACAAAGACCUCGUGGAGGAUUGA